AGCGAUAGCGUUUCAUUGCCGAUAGUCAUGACACUUCAAGCUGGAAGCCAGGAAUGUAACAGAAAAGUGGUGAUUGUCGAGUCAGUUGAUAGCCUUCGUCGCACUACGUACCGAGGCUGUAGCACGAAUUCGAAACAACGAUCGAUUGAUUUGAUCUUAUCAACGUCGACAGCUGGAGCCAGAGUGACCAGAGUGAGCCGUGCCACAGCCUGAUCAGCAGUUCGUCCAUGGAUCUGCUUAUCGUAGCGGGGACACGUGAAAGGUCUCUAGUAAUUAUGAGAAAGUAUGUUGUACAGAAAAGUUGAUGGAGUAAUAAAUCCACUUACGUGGCCCCCCUGCUCUGCUAUAAUCAUGGCUUGCCCAGGGUGGACCGGGGAUGAUUGGGAUGACAACCUCCUGCCCUGGGGAUGCUCACCGAGGCAAAAGAAUUUCUUGGCGGGGCUGGGUGGUAGCUCCGGCGCCACUCACGUGACAUAUUAUAAUGACGCAAAUCUCGGACUGGGUAUUACUACUGAUGUUUGGUUUGCUAGCAAGGCAUUUCUUAUUGUAGUAAUGGAACCAAGAGAGUAUGGGAGCUUGGUUCACAUUCAAUAUUCUUUUAGAGCUGGCAUUGUGGCUAGGUGUUCUGAGGAAUUGGCAGGGAUAAAACUUCGGUCUUUUUGAUCUGUUAGGUGGGUUAGUGUAGUGAGACUUAUAUCAAGGGGA